AUGCUAUCUUUACCGGGGGACAAAACACCAGAAGAGGCUCGUCUAGAGCGAGAAGGAUGUAUCAGGAGUCUCCAAGUGUUUCGAUACAAUCUCUACCAAAGAGAGUCAAAGGUCCAUGAUUGUGACGCCUUUGCCGACCUACUCCACUACGAAGAGGAGCUGCGAAGGAAUUGUCAAGCGGAGAUUACUUUACGGAAAGUGAAGAAUAAUCCGAGUUUCUGGGUCACUGGCCUUCCAAGCUUUGAGGACGAGAUGAGCACACUCUACCAAGAGAAUUGGAUGCGGACACGAGCCUGGUGGUAUACCCGUGAUUGGAUCAUUGGUGCUGUCCGUCACAUUCUCAAGAUUCAAUUUGGCACAAAGCGAGUAAUCCGUGGAGAUAUGAAGGAACUCCAAGCCGUUCUUCGCGGUCUUGAGCUAGAUUUGAAUUCUAUCAUAAACAGGAUUCCUGAAGGUAAACUAGCAGGUAAUGCUUCAGGUUCAUCUGGUGGGGCAUUGUUCAUGUCAAAGUCUCCCGUAGAGGCCUGGUUUACUGAAACUGGACUACCUGGCGAAGGUCGACACGGCUGCCCAGGGCAAUCCCAUACCCCAGUUCUAGGUUCAUUUCACAAAUGGGCCAGAAUUAUUCUCUCCCUAUACGUUGACAAGGCAUUCUGUGUCGCCUACCAGCCUUUUUUGAAGAAUGCGCACAGCCGAGUUUGGCCCGUCGCGCGACAAACCGCUCUUCGACAUUGUCAUGCGUUUAUGGAAAAGUUCCUCCAGCUCGUGACAGACCCCGACUUUCGGCCAUUCCAGUGGAGCUGGCCUGGGAAUCAUCAGCCUUUGCAUGCAACAAUGAUCAUGCUUGUUGAUCCGGAUGAGCGACCAUAUAGCCCAGAAGCAUCCAAGUCCCGCGUCUUCAUAGACCACGUCAUGGCUCUCUGUGGGCCAGAUGGAGGUGUCAUAGGCGGCGAAGAUGGGAUUUCUAUGUUUUGGCCACUCAAGCAUGGCGGCCGUGAAGCCUGGGACAUGAUCCGCCGGCUACGUCAGAAAGCCUGGCAAAAAGCUGGCCUCAACAAUCAGAUGCAUUGA